GAAGAUGAAGAAAAUUCUUCAUUAAUAGAAAAUGAUUUAUCAAUAAAUGAAUUACAAGUAAGCAAAGAAAAUGUGAUAAAUAAUAAUUGUGAAAGUUCAUUUGCUAAUUUAAAACAAGCUAUUACUAAAAAAAAUGAAUCAAAGAAACGAGAUACUGAACAAACUAUAAUACAAAAUCAUAGUGAUGAAAAGAGUUCAAUUCAGAAUUUCAAAGAAAUGAAUCAAAUUAAAAAACAAUCCCAAACUGAAGAUUCUGUACAAGUGAAUCAAAUAAAAAAGGAUAAUCAAAAUGUUAAACAUAUACAACUUGAAACUAAUGAUCAAAUAAAACAUAAUAAAGAAUAAAUAUUUUUAAAGAGAAUGAAAUUUUUGAAUCAAAUAAUUUGGAUAAUGUAAGAUGGAAGGAAGAAUUAUCUAAUACAUGGAAAAGAGGGAAUCAAACAACAAAAAUGUCUAUAUGUUCUGUAAAUGAUAUAAAUGAAUGUGAUUGGAAGCCAAUGCCACUUAUUCAAGGAAUAAAACAUGUUUUCUGUGAUAAUUCACCUAUUUUAAAACUUCCAGAUUAUAUUUCAUUCUUGGAAACAAAAUUUGGUUCUAAAAAACGUAAAUUUACAUCAAAAUUAUGCGAACGUGAAUGUUUAACAAAAUUGGUUUUGCGUGAAACAAAAUUACUUACAAAGAAAAAUACUACUUUACAAAUGAAACAGAAAUUUAAACAUUUACAAAAGCAGGAAAUAGAAGAUUUCAUGAAAAAUUUUGAUGAGUGUCUAAAUGGUACAGAAAGAGAAAAUGUUAAUUAUCGAUAUGAAGCUGUAACAAAUAUUGCUACUGAUAUACUGGAUUUUCAUAUGUCUCAAAAUCAAAAUAAUUCAAUUGAAAAUAAUGCAGAAAAUAUGACAAGUAGAAGUUCUUCACCUACUGAUAAUGUAUUACAUUCAAUAAUUUAUCAAAAUUCAUUUGAUACUUCUGUAAAAUCUCCUGAUUCAAGUAAUAAUUGGUGUGAAACUUCAAUAUCGGACAUUAAUUUGUCCUAUUCUUUACCAGAUUAUCAAACAUUAAUUGAGCAUAAAAUGAAAGAAAUUUUUGAAGAAUCUAAUGUUAUAACAGAAUUAGAUCAAACUGUAGCAAAAUGGCAUGCUUCUUUGCAACCAAAAUUAUCAGAAGUUGAAACAAGACCUACAUUUCGAAUUCGUGAUUAUUCAUCACGUAUAAUAGAAGAAUUAAAAACAUUAGAACAAAAAACAGUUAAUUUUGAUACUAUUGUUCAAGACAAACCUGCUUAUGAAGUAGCUAGAUAUUUCUUAGCUUCAUUACAAUUGGCAAACACUUACAAUGUGGAAAUAAAAACAAAAAGCAGUGAUAAUAAUAUAGAAAUAAUGUUACUUAAUGGAAAAAGUUGUGAGAAAAAUUAAAAAAAUAAUUUUAAUAUUAAUACUUUUGUAUUUAUAGUGAUUCUUAAAAAUAUUU